AAUUAUAGUAAUAAUUUAUUAGUUUUUGCUCGAUAUAAUUUGCAAACCGCAAAGUGAAAGUCACAUGAUCAUUCCAAUAAGACAAAAUGGCGGAAGGGGAGGUCGCAAAGCUACAGAAUCAUCUGAGUCUGCUGAGAGAGGAAUAUGUCAAACUCCAGAACCGUUUAUCAGAAGUCGAAAAAAAGUAUCAAAUAGCUGUAGCUGCCUCAGGACAGGAAGGGGAUGAUAACUUUGUAGCAAGGCUACUGAAAACUGUGUCGGACCUUUUUGAUAAAGAGCUCUAUAGUGAUUUGACUAUAAGUCUAGAAGGAUCCAGGAAUUUGAGGGGCCAUCGUUUUGUUUUGGCAGCUAGAAGUGAUUACUGGGGUGUGGACGACCUUUCACAAGUCACAACUCUUGAUCUCUCAGAUAUAAAGUAUGAAGUUUCGUAUGCACUGAUGAAAUGGGUAUACACAGACAGCAUAGACAUAAAGACAGAUGAGCUCUUCUUAUUAGAAUUACUUCGCACAGCCACUCGAUUUAAAUUAAAAGUUUUACAGGAGAGAUGUGAAAAUGGUCUGAUGUCCUUUGUUAACAUGAAAAACUGCAUCAGAUUUUACCAGACAGCUGAGGAAAUUCAGGCUGAACUUUUAAAGAAUCACUGCUCAGAGCUGAUAUCAAAUCACUGGAAUGACUUUACCAGUGAAGACUUUGAGCACAUGCCUGCGCCCCUUCUGUACCAGAUGUUUAAGACAAAGUCUGAGCACCCCCUACAUACAGCCAUCAGAGCCAAGCGGGAGGAUGUGGUGUUCCUCUACUUGAUUGAGUUUGAUGCCCAGCUCCGUGGCAAGUUAGUAGAGAAGCUGAAUGAGGUAGAUAACAGGGGUGACCUCCCCUUAGAUCUUGCGCUGAGCAGUCGUCAAGAAAGUGUUGCCAUGACACUUGUUAAUCAUAAAGUAGAUGUCAAUCGACGUGACAAUGCAGGCAAAUGCCUCCUCCACAAGGCCAUAAAGAGAGCUGAUGAAUUUUCUUCCACCUUCUUGAUUGAGCACCAUGCAGAUGUAAACCUCACCACCUUCCUAGACAAGGAGAGUCCAUUACACAUGGUGGCCAGUUUUAACCCAGAGGUCACGGGGUCAGAGGUCAUGGGAGGGAUGGCUAGACUGGCUCAGAAAAUGAUUGACCAUGAUGCUGAUCCAAAUUUACAAGAUGCUUCAGGAAGUACCCCUCUACAUUGUGCUGUGUAUAAUAAGAAUGAGCCAGUUCUGAAAAUCCUCCUGAACUGCGGGAGAGUGAGGUUUGAAUUGAAGAAUUCUGACGGCCACACCCCUCUCUGGCUAGCUCUACAACAGGGGGAAGAGUUAGGAGGGUCAUCAGAACAGGUGUACAGUCCCUCUAGUUUUGCAGCACAGCUGAUUGCUCAUGGGGCUUCCCCUGAUGCAGUGGAGCCAGAAACAGGUGACUGCCUACUACAUUUAUGUGCUCGGUGUGGUAACUCAAGAGCAGGAAUAUUUUUAGCAAAACAUGCAGCAAAAGUGAAUCUCACAAAUAGUAAGGGAGAAACUCCUUUACAUUUAGCCUGUUUGAAUGGGCUGACGGAACUAGUAGAGGUAUUACUAGACAAGGGAGCUAAUCCAAACUCACAGACUCACGCCCCCUCUGUUGAUCAGCUUAAUCUGGAGGAGGAGACAACUCCUGUGUCACAACAAACACCACUUCACCUAGCACUAGUCAACUCUCAUUCCAGCAUCGUAGAACUCUUUCUUCAACAUAAAAUCAAAGCUGCCCAUAGUGAGGACUCCCUUAAGAUUUUACCAAACUUUAACAUCAAGGAUUCGGAGGGUCAAACAGUUCUGGGUCUUGCUUUGUGGUCAGGACUCCAUAAUGAGGCUGAUCGUCUGCUGGGAGCAGGGGCCAAUAUAAACGAGAAAAACGCAGAGGGCAUGACCCUCCUCCACCAGGCUAUAGAAAAACAGGACACCAAAAGUGCAUUGUUUCUGAUAGAACACCAAGCUGACCUUACAAUCAAAACCAAUGAAUUUGAGACGCCACUGCAGCAUGCUAUAAGGCGCCACCUGCCUGUAGUUGUUGACGUUCUCAGUAAAAAGGGAGCUAACCUAAAUAUAAAGAAUAAAGAAGGGGAUUGUCCUCUGUGGCAGGCUCUGGACUCAGGCCAGGAGGAUGUGGCCCAAGUUCUGGUUAAGCAUGGCUGUGAUGUUGACCUUUGGUCUGAAGGUCCAGGGAAGUGUCAACAGACUCUACUCCACAGGGCUAUUGAUGAGAACAAUGAAUCCAUUGCCUGCUUUCUCAUUAAAAAUGGCUGUGAUAAGAACAGUCCUCGGCGGCCAGGAUUAAAUGGAGAAGGAGAGGACGAAGCAAGGGAUGGAUGCUCCCCACUACACCUGGCCUGUACCUGGGGUCUAGAACUUGUGGUCCAGUGUCUGAUGGAACAUAAUGCAAAUGUCAAUACCAAGGAUGCAGAGGGAAAGACCCCAAUCCACAUAGCAAUAGAAAACCAGCAUACUGUGAUUAUCUCCCUUUUACUGGCCCACCCAGGACUGGAUCUGACUGUUAGAGACAGAUCAGGAUUAACUCCCUUUGCAGCUGCCAUGACAACCAAAAACAACAAGGCAGCUCAGGCUAUCCUGAACAGAGAACCCAAUGCUGCAGAACAGGUUGAUAACAAAGGUUACAACUUCCUCCAUACAGCUAUACAGAAGAGUGAUAUAGAGAGUGUGUUAUUCCUGAUGAGUGUACAGGCCAAUGUUAACUCCCCCACUCAAGACUCAAAGAAACUAAUGCCUCUCCACCUCGCCGUCAUGGCAGGCUCUGAGAUGAUCGUCAGGAAUUUGUUAUUAGCGGGAGCAGAUAUAAAUGCUAGAACCAGGCAGGAUGAAACCUCUCUACAUUUAGCAGCAGAGAAGGACCAUGCUGCAAUCUGUUCAAUUUUGCUAAGCAAUAAAAUAGAUUACGAUGCUGUGGAUGAAAAUCACAGAAAUGCUCUUCAUGUGGCCACUAUGUAUGGGAAUAUUAACACUGUGAGGGUUUUACUGACAGAAUCUCGAAUCAAUGCAGAGGCUGUGAAUGCAAAGGGUCAGACUCCACUCCAUACCCUUGGCCAGUAUGGGAAGGAAAAUGCAGCAGCCAUGUUUGAACUGUUUAGAGAGACCAUGCCUGACUAUCCACUGGACAUUCCUGAUGCUGAAGGCAAUACUGUUUUGCUUCUGGCGUACAUGAACGGUAACGGGAACCUCUGUCGGAGCCUGGUGAGAGCCGGCGCCAGACUUGGAUCAAUGAACAAACAGGGGAUCAGCAUCUUCAACGCUCCUGUAGCCACCAAACAACUACUAUUUAAAUUACUAGAUAUGUUGUCUUCUGAGCCUGCGUGGUCAGAGGGGGAUAUCUGUUUGGAGUGUGGGGUCAAAUUUGGGAUCAAAACGAGGAAACACCAUUGCCGUCACUGCGGACGACUUCUGUGUUCAAAGUGUUCUUCUAAAGACAUGCCUAUUGUUAAGUACAAUCUAUCUAAGCCUGUACGAGUGUGUGAAAUAUGCUUCGACGUCCUCAGCAUAGGAGGAACGUUCUAGUGACCAGUCUAAUUAGCAUUUCUAAUUAACAAAUUAUUAGAGAGAAAGAUGCGUAUAGGUGUUGUAAUGUUGCUUUUUGAGCAGUGUUAUGGCAUAGAUUUACAAACAAUUCCCUGCUUUUUUAAGAUUAUACACUUAGUUUGUUAUUUGCGUUGUAUUUGAAGGCAUUUAGUAAGUAGGUUUUUUAACAAAUAGAAAAAAAUACAUUUUUUAAAAAUGAAUACAUAUGCAUAUUUAUCACUUUUAUUUACAUCUAGUGACGUUCUUUCAAGACCCCUGCUUAUUAAAGAAAAUGAAAUUUCUAUAAGGGUUGCCUCUAAAUUAAUAAAUCACUAUUUUUGCCUUAUCAUUCUCACCAUUAACUAUUUUUAACUUUGGAUUUGUCUCAAAAUUUGCCUUAUAUGGUAUCCUGAAUUUGUUUUGAAUAUUAUUUGUGUCUACUUCUCCUGAGAAAAAAAUGUUUGAAUGCAAAAAAGUAGGUGAAUACUUAUCUCCCUUGAAAAAAAAACAAUGGAAUAUUGAAAAUGGUUGUUGAAUGACUUUCACAGAUAUUGAUUAUUUGAGGAAAAUAUCAAAACAUGUACUUCAGAGAUAUAAAUAUAAAGUGGAAUUAGUUGUACAAUAUACACUAAUCUGAAUAACUCAUUUAACAAAAUAAGUACGUGUACAUGUAUAAUGUGAAUUUUAUACAAACUAUGAAACAUAUAUAUAUGCGUCAAUGUUAAAUAAGAAUGUGUAUCCUUGCUGACAUAAUACUUGAUCUACAUGGUAAUAAUGUCAUAUCAUCUGUUUUAUUCUGAAAUAUAGGAUAACCAAUACUAAACAAUUAUUCUAACAAAUUGUAUGGCCGGAAUUGUUAGAAGAAGGCUCAGUGAAAUAUUUCAUUUUUUUCAAUUCUGUUACAUGAAUUAGUAAAUAAUUGAAGCACAAAGGAAAAAAAGUGAUGAAAGGUGCUUUUGAUAAAUAAUGCCAAGUACAAUCUAUAAACUUCUGAGCCAGUGAAUUAUUUCUACCUCUUGUGUUCCAUGAUUAUUUUGUGUUAAAAAAAAUUGGACAAACCUUAUAUCAUUACAAUGUAAUGCAAAACUUAAUGCUUUUCUUAUGGUGUAAGAAACAAAGUUAUGUUCAUCAAAGUUCAAGAUAUCAGUAAAUAUAACUGUCUUUCUAAAAUUAUAUGUAAGACUGGCAUUAUUAGAUGCAGAAGCAGGGUUUUAGGUGCAAUAUACAUUGAACAAAUUUUGUUUUUAUUUAUUUACAGUAUGUUGUUACUGCUUUAUAUAUUUAUGUAUGCAUUAAAUGUGUCAACAGUA